AUGUUUUCCAAAUUAAAAUCAUCAUCAUCAUCACCAAAUUCGGCCAGCCCAACAUUAUCAACAAAUUCAUUUGGUGGCAGUGGCAGCGGUUGUAAUAAUAUCGAUGUCAAUCCCAUAUCACAAUAUUAUGAAUGUGGUAAACAGAUUGGUUCGGCUGGACCAGAAUUGGUGUGGAAAAUUUUCGAUGCCGUCAGAAAAACUGAUAUGAAAGAUGCAUCAUUAUUUUUCUAUGAUAAACGUACGGCCGAUAAAUUACAUAAACCAAAACGUAAAGAAAUGAUUGCUGAAAUAUUAAGAUUCAGUGUACGACAAUUGGAUCGUUUUCGUCAUCCACGUAUAUUGGCCAUCAUGCAUCCAGUAGAAGAAUCAAGUGAUACAUUAGCAUUCGCUACGGAACCAAUAUUGGGUAGUUUGGCAAAUUGUUAUGAAUAUUUAGAAGAACGUUUACCACAAUCAUAUGAACCAUUGCCAUUAUUACGUGAAUCUAAUUUAUUAGAUUUUGAAAUUAAAUAUGGAUUAUUACAAAUUGUCGAAGCAUUGAUACAUUUACAUCAUAAUUGUAAAGUGAUUCAUCGAAACAUAUCACCACAAUCAAUAUUGAUCAAUAAAAAAGGCACUUGGAAAUUGGCUGGAUUUGAAUUUGUGGAAAAAUGCAAUGAUAAUGAUAUAAUGAAUGUCAUUCCAUGUCAACCAUAUACUAGCAAAUUACCAAAAAUGGGACAACCAGAUUUAGAUUUUACAGCUCCUGAAGUACAAACACAAUCAUUAUGUACACCAAAUAGCGAUAUGUUUUCAUUGGGACUUUUGAUUACGUUCCUUUAUAAUAAUGGACGAUCAUUGAUUACGGCCAAUCUUAAUGCAUCCAAUUAUCUCAAACAACUUGAUUCGCUAAACGUAUCGCUCAAUCAAUUGCUGCCAAACAUUCCAUCUGGACUACAUGAAUCAUUGAAAAGUUUACUUGAAAUCGAUUAUAAAAAACGUCCAAUUUCACAAAAUUUAACAACGUCCAAAUAUUUUGUCGAUCCCAGUGUACAGGCCUUACAUUAUUUGGAUAUAAUUCAAAUGAAAGAUUCUGUUCAUAAAUCAAAUUUCUAUCAUAAUUUAAAGAAUCUUUUACCAUCAAUACCAACGAAAUUAUGGUAUCAACACAUACUGCCAUCGAUGGUAUGCGAAUUAGAAAGUCCAGAAGUAUUGGCUGCAGCAUUACAACCAAUCAUUCAUAUGAUCAAUAGAUCUACAUUGGAACAAUUUCAAGAAUUUAUUCUACCAUUUAUUAAAAAUAUUUUUCAAAUGCCAAAGUCUGUUCAAGCUACCGUUACAUUACUGGAAAAUAUUGACAUACUGAUGUUAAAAACAUGUACAAGUGAUUUUUUCCGUACGGAAAUCGUGCCAAUGAUAUGCAAUGCAUUUGAUUCAAGUACACCACAGAUUCAGUCGGCAGCAAUGUCGGCCUUAUCACAAGUGAUUGAUCAUCUGGAUGAAGUAACCAUUAGGCGAAUGAUUUUACCAAAAACUAAACAACUGUUUGACAUCAAUGCCGAUGUUAAGAUUCAAAUCAAUAUAUUGAUAUGUAUUGAAAAAGUUAUUGGAAAUCUAGACAAAUCCGAUAUACUUGAUGAUGUAUUACCUAUGAUUAUGCGUGCCCGUAUACAAGAUGUUUCCGUUUUGAUUAUAGUGAUAAACAUAUGUAAAUUAAUGAUGAUGGAUACGAAAAAAUAUGGCAUUACAGUCAAUAUUUUGGCAAUGAAAAUUAUGCCAGCAUUAGUACCGGCAUUGGCUAAUGUUAAUUUAAAUAUAGAUGAAUUCAAUGAUCUGGUCAGUUUAUUAAAUGAAAUGUUGACAUAUGUUGCUAAAACUCAACGAAAUAAAUUGGUGCUAGAGAAAAAUAAUAAUGUAACUGUGACGACAAUCAAAAUUCCUGAAAUUACCGAAUCAUUACGAGAAUCGAAUACAACAUUAAAUAAUAUAAAUUCAUUAGGAUCAUAUCCUCAUCGUCCACCAUCAUUACGUCUUGAAUCAAGACGUACAUCAAUCAGUAUGGAUGAUGUUGUUCGUCGUGCUUCCCUUACAUCAGCUGCUUCCAGUCCAGAUUCAAAUCUACUUCGUGUACAAGCUCAUUUACCUGGUCGUCGUCAUUCGGAUAAUACAAUAUUACCACCUAGAAUUUUAGUUGCACCAUCAACUCCUACCACUUCGUUUUCAUUGUCAAGAGGACCAAGCACAAGUAAUUUAAAUGCACGUCGUCAUUCAUCAAUUGUUGGAUUGAAAGAGAUGAAAGAUUCAAAAAAUUUCAUUCCCAAUAUACCAAAGAUUUCCCAUAACAUAUCCAACAAUCUUGGUAUUGAAUCAUUUUUAUCAAGUCGUUCAAGCGGUCGUCGAUAUUCAGCUGUACCAACAUUUGAUAAACUUAAUUUUUCAUCAUCAUCAUCAUCAUCACAUCAUCAUAAGAAUACAAGCACAAAUCUAUUACAGACUAUCGGCACUGGUGUGCAACAACUAUUCAAAUGAAUGAUGUUCCUGAAACAAAACUGGUCCAUAUACAUAGAUUUAUCAUGAAGAAAAAAAAAUUCAUGAUAUUCAAUCUUCACUUGAACAUACAUCAAUCUGAGAUAACAAAAAAAAAGAAAAAAGAAAAAUCAUUCUUUUUUUUCGUCAUCGUAACAAAAAUCUACAUUUAUGUCCACGUUCAACACAAACGCACACACACACACAUUUUAUGCAAAAUUCUCAAAAAAAAGAAAGAAAAAAAGAAAUUUGACCAAAGAAUUGACUAAAAAGUAUUAUUAUUAUUUGAACCAUUUAAAGUGGACUAUGAAUGUGCACGAUCAAACAUCUUUAUCAUCAAAUGAAAAAAAAAGAAAAAGAAAUAUGGCAUGAUAUUUGGACAUUUUUUCGGUACAAUGAUAUGAACGAUAAAUAAAAUGAAACUCAAUGAUGAAUUUUCAAACGUGAUAUUCAACAUGAUCAUCAUUUAUAUAUGAAGCCAUAUCAUGUCAUAAUGUUCAGUUUUCAUUCAUUGAAAAACAUGAAACCAAAACAUAAUUACUUAAUCAUCAUAUAUAUAUUGAUUAUAAAUUUCUAUUUCGAAAGCCGAGCCAAUCAAUCAAUAUAUUUUCGAUUGAUACAUUUUAAUAACUACUAACCUUCAUACACACACAUAAAUACACUUUUAUGCCAAAAAAAAACAUUAAACCACUCAAUCAACAUGAAAUUUUUUUUCACAUUUCGGCUCACUAAAACGAUAUAGAACGAUUAUAUUUGUACCGAGAUUGAUGAGAUAGUGUUCACCAAAAAAAAAAAUUGCUCAUUCAAAUUAAUAUUAUUUCCAAUAAUUUAA